AUGGAUGUUUGUGCUGGGCUCAUCGCGCACAUAAACAUGGAUUCAGGCGACAGGUUGUCUGGUGGGCUCCCCACAAAAGGCUUGAUCAAUUUCCUAAGGACAAGUAAGUUUGCCGAUCACAUGGAUGAGGCGGAAAGCAUCAAGUCCGUCAAGCAGAAACGGAAGAAAAAGAGCUUCGCCAAGAAAGCUGCGGCCAAGCCAGGUGCAGAAGGAUCGGAGGAGAUAACAAGCCCACCACCUGACCGGGCUUCAGAUGACGCUUGUGCGGAUGAAGAUUCAGCUUCAGCAGACAGCGAGCGAGUGGCUACUGAGCGCUCGCCUGAAGAACCAGCGCUUGAGGAACGCCGAGACUCGCAAAUGUUUACUGAUGUCGUUUGCCCUGCAGCUUCGCAAGGUGUGCUUGAGGACGAUGGAACAGAUCUCAUCAGCCCGGUACCCCAGGCAAAGACAAGGCGAAUGCAAACAACGUGGCCCCCGGAUCUGGAUGGCAAGACCGCGUUCUUCCAACUCAAGGAACAUGAGCUGCCUGGCGACGGUAUUGCUUCCAUGCACUUCAACCGAGGCUUCAAUUUCAAGCCUUUCAUUUUCUUGCCAUCCGUACUGCUGGCGGCCAUGUCCGACUCGCCGGUGCUGACGUACGAGACGGCACAUAUUCCAAACAGUGGAACUGCAGGCGUAACUUGUGCCUUUGGCAAACCCGUGUCAGACAUCUUCCAGAAAAAGGAGUACUGUCCCAUCAUCGCGGGCAUGAGCCCCUGGUAUUGGGCAGUCGGUUGGUACAGUGCAUUCCUCUUGACAGUUGGAAUCUGCCACAUAUGUGGGCGGCGAAUCCCGAUUCAAGUCGUUCCUGGCGUUCCCAAUGCCACCUACGCAAGCCCCAUAUGCCGUUUCUUGGAUGUACAACGUGCUGGCUAUGAUGACAACCACUUGUUGGGUUUCUUUCUUCUCAUUACCGCUUGCUUUGUGCACUCUAUGAUGGUACGCUUCGUCGCCACGCCGGAGGGGAAGGAUUGGGGGCACGCAUGCCUACGAUACGGAAGCUGGCAGGGUUACGAGGACUACUGCCAGCCAGGCCCACUGAUGGAGCCGAGUUGGACAGUGUUCCUGGUUUUAGUGUCGGUGUGCGCCAUGUGCGCCCUCUGGGACCAGGGCACCGUCGUCGAAGGCUCAGAAGAUCGGAAAGACGAGUCGGGCUAUGCAGAGGACGUUACAGUCGAUCGACUGGACGCAGCAGCGGUAAACCUGAAGGCAAUUAUCCGCUUCCAAAUGUCUGAGACAGAGAGGCUGCUGGAAGCGGAGCCCACGCGGCUCGCUAUGUUCAUCGGCUGGAACAAGCUGCAGGCGUGGCUGGCCGGCAAGGACCCACCCAAGAAAGCCGUCAGGCGGACCACCUUUCUGACAGUGAACUUUUUUUCCAAAUCCAGCGACGACAUGCCAGACAAAGUGGACUUGGAUGCCGAAGGUGUUGAAGGGGAGACAGACUUUACAGUCCGCUUCUACUGCAAGAAGACUGGUAAGUGUGUGAGAAGUUUUCACGAUGCUUUGCUGGAGGUCCUCAGGCUUGCUGGCUCCGAGGAUGCCUUGCCUGAUGCAUUGCAGAUGGCCAAGGAGGAUCUGGAAGUGCAGAUACUAGGCGCAGGCAGCGAGGACGAGAGGGCUCAGCUGUUGAAGGACUUUUUCAGACGGCGCUUGAUGCUCCAAGAAGGCAAGAUGGGAAAAGUUCACAUCAAGGAGCUCUACAGUUUCUGUGAUGACACGAUGAGGAUUCUAGGGAACACUGUGGAGACCAAUUCAGACGGUGCCAGCCGAAGUAGCAAAGCACGCCUCAGCUGUUUGCCAAAAAAACCUUCCGACGACUUGGGCAUCAUUGACCGCUUUCUCGAUCGGUGGCACCUCCAGGACGUGGUUGGACGGCGCACAGAUGCUUACAAUGCCGCGGGCUAUCUGUUCACUGCCAUAGGUUGUAUCAUCACUUCCAUUAUCUCCCCACAAGCGGAUGCCUGGGCGAUCGUCUAUUGGUUGGCAAACAAAGAUGGGCUUGUGGAAGAUCGCUGUGAACAGACAUCUUCUGUUGGCUUUGCAAGCCCGUGGUGCAGCACCGCGGCAAGUGUCAGCAUGCAGCGACGCACGUUUCGCCCGGAAAUUGCAUUCUUCACAACCAACCGGAACGUCUGGCUGGUUUGUCUCUGCUUCCUUGCCAAAUUGGGAAUCUUCGGAGUUCUUGGCUACUACUUUGCCGAAACUGUCAGGAGGACUAUUCGGGGAUUGAUGCAAGCUGCACAUCCCAUGGUCAUCCUGAACUCGAUUCUCCUCCAUUGGGCCCAGCUGCGAUCCGUGAACACAUCCCAACUACAUGUCUGGAAGCGAGUCAGAGAUUCCAUUUUGUUUAACGACGUGAAGUUCAUCUUGGAUCGCUUCGAGAAUAUUGUGAUUGCCUACCUGGGAGUGGCAUUCUGGCUGAUUUCCGACUCAACCUAUCAAAUAGUCCUAAGGAAUGAGGCACCCACCUUCUUGGCAUUCUAUGUUAUUGUCUUCUUCACGGCGGCCACAGCUAUAUGCCUGGGUGCAGCCCUUUCCUGCCAUCUUGCCCAGGAGGAGCACACGAGGUCGCUUACCAGACUCAGGGAGGCGUCGAUGCUCAGGACGGGAAAGCACGUGGAGCACCAACGCGCACUGCUGGACAUGAUGAUCCAGCGCCUCGAUUCCGGGGGUGACUACCAAACGAAAAUGCUCUACAUGCCAUUGAACCCCAAGCUUCAGAAAGUUCUACUGGGCUAUGUGGUCGUGUCCGCAGCUUCCGUUGUCGGCCGCCUUGUGUCCAAUGAGCUUCCUGCCUAG